GUGAGCGUCGGAGGUCUGGGGGGCCCAGGCGUAAGAGAGGUCAAGGGUCAGCUCCAGCCAGGGCGGCGAUGGUGAAGCAGACGAUCCAGAUUUUCGCCCGUGUGAAGCCCCCGGCCCGGAAGCACCAAUCAGGGAUUUAUUCCAUAGACGAAGAUGAAAAAUUAACACCCAGCUUGGAAAUCAUCUUACCGCACGAUCUGGCAGAUGGAUUUGUGAAUAAUAAACGAGAAAGCUACAGAUUUAGAUUCCAAAGGAUAUUUGAUCAGGAUGCAAAGCAAGAGAUCAUUUUUGAACACAUUGCCAAACCAGUGGCUGAAAGUGUGUUGGCAGGUUACAACAGUACCAUCUUUGCGUACGGGCAGACGGGCAGUGGCAAGACCUUCACCAUCACGGGCGGGGCUGAGCGCUACAGCGACAGAGGCAUUAUCCCAAGGACGCUAUCCUACAUCUUCGAGCAGUUGCAGAAGGACAGCAGCAAAAUAUACACCACACACAUUUCCUACUUGGAAAUCUACAAUGAGUGUGGUUACGAUCUACUAGAUCCAAGACAUGAAGCCUCCAGAUUGGAAGACCUGCCGAAAGUAACCAUCUUGGAAGACCCCGACCAGAACAUCCACCUGAAGAACCUAUCGCUCCACCAGGCAACCACUGAGGAGGAAGCUCUGAAUCUGCUCUUCUUAGGAGACACCAACCGAAUGAUCGCAGAGACUCCCAUGAACCAAGCUUCCACCCGUUCCCACUGCAUUUUCACUGUUCACUUAUCAAGUAAGGAGCCAGGAUCGGCGACCGUCCGGCAUGCCAAGCUGCAUUUGGUUGACCUGGCCGGCUCAGAGCGCGUGGCAAAGACGGGAGUCGGGGGCCAGCUUCUCACAGAGGCCAAGUACAUCAACCUGUCCCUGCAUUACUUAGAACAGGUCAUCAUCGCCCUGUCAGAAAAGCACCGCUCACACAUUCCGUACCGGAACUCCAUGAUGACCAGCGUGCUGCGGGACAGCCUGGGAGGGAACUGCAUGACCUCCAUGAUCGCGACGCUGUCCUUGGAGAAAAGGAACAUUGACGAGUCUAUAUCCACUUGCCGAUUUGCACAAAGAGUGGCACUCAUAAGGAACGAAGCUGUUCUUAAUGAAGAAAUUGACCCCAGAUUGGUGAUUUUACGCCUCCAGAAGGAAAUCCAGGAGCUGAAGGAUGAGCUGGCCAUGGUCACCGGGGAGCAGCGCACGGAGGCACUCACAGAAGCACAACUCCUCGGGCUGGAAAACCAAAUCACAUCCUUUUUGGAAGACCAAGAUCCAGAGGGUAGACUAGAGGUUGGAGCUGAUAUGCGCAAAAUCCAUCAUUGUUUUCACUAUUUAAAGAAACUACUGAAGGACAGCAAGAUCCCAGAGAAGGGUACAACAGUCUCAGAAAUCAAAACCCAGGACUGCCGGGAACCGCUGAAAGAGGAAGAAUAUAAAAGGCUACAGGACAUUCUCAAGCAGAGGGAUAACGAAAUCAAUAUUCUGGUCAACAUGCUCAAAAAGGAGAAGAAGAAGAUGCAGGAGGCUCUCCAGUUAGGUCACGUGGACAGAGGAGAAUCGAGACACCCACACAGCUCACCCUUCCCACCCGGUAGCAGGGAGGAAGGUCAGAGAACGCCGCGGUGCUCGGCCCCCACCCAGGCCCCCGACUUCCGCACCUCAGGGGGCAGAUCCAGACUGCUGCACAACAAAACAGGGAUGAGAGAGGAAAUGUCACUGGGGCGCCAGGAGGCCUUUGAAAUCUUCAAGCGGGACCACGCCGACAGCAUUACCAUCGAUGACAACAAACAGAUUCUAAAGCAGAGAUUUUCUGAAGCAAAGGCCCUGGGAGAAAGCAUCAAUGAAGCACGAAGUAAAAUUGGCCGUCUGAAGGAAGAGAUCACCCAGCGGCAGAAGCAGCAGGUCGCUCUGGGAAUCUCAGAGAGCGCAGGCCUCUCCCAGCCCCCGGGGCCAGACCUGCAGGAAGAGAAGCUUCGAUCGCAGCUGGAGGAAGAGAAGAGGAGGUACAAAACGACGUUCACGCGCCUGAAGGCCCUGAAGGUGGAGAUCGAGCACUUGCAGCUGCUCAUGGACAGGGCCAAGGUGAAGCUGCAGAAGGAGUUCGAAGCCUGGUGGGCAGAGGAGGCCACUAACCUGCAAGUGUGCUCCCCAGCCUCGAACUCGCUGCUUCCCGUGAAGCCGCUUCCCCGGUCGUCCGGCUCCCAGCAGGACGGUUCCCAGUUCCCCUCCAACAGAAGGGGGCGGGAGGCUGGGGCGGGGCCAGGGCCGCCACGCGGCGUGCAAACCUCCCCCCCACCCCGUGGUCUCUUCCCUCCGUCCGUCUGCUGCAGUGACCUGAGCACCAGGAGCCACCUGCCCUCGCCGCCGUGCUCCGGCCCAGGCAGCCGGGGCCAGAGCGGCAGCCACGCCCGGCUGGAAAGCAGCCCCCCCGAAAGGCCCGUGUCGUCGAUCCCCCUCACCGGGGACAGCCAGACGGACUCCGACAUCCUGGCGUUCAUCAAGGCCAGACAGAGCAUCCUGCAGAGGAAGGGUCUGGGAGGCAACUGACCCGGUGGUGAGCAGCCAGCCAGCCGGGCUCUGCUGCAGGAAGGCAGUGCGG